GAUCGUUGUCCCCUCACCUUAUUCUUCUUUCUCGGAGCUGAGCCUUAUUUUUUAGAGGAAGGACUCGGAGCUGAGCUGAGGCAUCAGGCAGCUUGCUGCUGUCCCAGUGUUGAGCCUUUGCUGGGCUGGGCUCCCCUCGUCACCCCCGGUCCCCCACGCCCCACCCCACAAGAGACGGCGGGCUCGGAGCAGAGACGGGAGGGAGACAAGCCUCCGCACCAGCUCGCCUCAUCUCAGCCUCUCAGGGUUGGCCUGCCUGCCGUCCCGAGAGGCACUGGAAGAGUCUCCAGAGAACAGAAGAGGAGACCGGGUGUGGCAGGCCUGUGGCGCGGGGAAGGAAGCAAGGAGAGGAGGAGGUGGUGGAGUGAGCAGAGGAGAAGUAUAGAUCUACUCCGAAUCUUCCGAUGAGCGCGUCUCGGUUCAUCAAGUGCGUCACCGUGGGGGACGGCGCCGUCGGCAAGACCUGCAUGCUCAUCUCCUACACCUCCAACACUUUCCCCACGGAUUAUGUUCCAACUGUUUUCGACAACUUCAGUGCAAACGUUGUGGUCGACGGGAGCACUGUGAACUUGGGUCUGUGGGAUACAGCAGGACAAGAAGACUACAAUAGGCUGCGCCCGUUGAGUUAUCGUGGUGCUGAUGUUUUUCUGCUCGCCUUUUCUCUUAUCAGCAAAGCAAGCUACGAGAAUGUUUCUAAGAAGUGGAUUCCUGAAUUAAGGCACUAUGCUCCUGGUGUGCCCAUAAUUCUUGUUGGGACAAAGCUUGAUCUGCGGGAUGAUAAGCAGUUUUUCGUUGAUCACCCUGGUGCUGUUCGUAUUUCCAUUGCUCAGGGUGAAGAGCUGAGGAAGCUUAUUGGCGCAGCUGCCUACAUCGAAUGCAGUUCAAAAACCCAACAAAACAUCAAAGCAGUGUUUGAUGCGGCGAUUAAGGUGGUUCUCCAGCCUCCAAAGCAAAAGAAGAAAAAGAGAAAGGCACAGAAAGGAUGCACCAUUUUGUAACUGAAUGGUAGACUGAGCAAGUAUCCCUUCUUUUGCGGUCUUGGGCUUCAAAGGAUCAGCAUUGCCUCCUCCUUGUUGUAUAAUUUCGCCCAAGAUGCACUCGGUUUGUGGUGUCCUACUACUAGUUAAGUCGCCCAGAAGGGUAAUUCACUGUAUCCGUAUCUGUUCUAUGCACAAAAUGAACUGGUCAAACUCUCUGCAAUAUACUAGCAGGUUGCUAAAUUUA